UUUACGGGUCAGUGUCAAUGUCGGGACGGCUUUGGAGGUCAGACGUGCAGGGACUGUCAGGAGAACUUCUGGGGAGACCCCAGGACACUCUGCAGAGCUUGUGACUGUGACUGGCGUGGGAUCGAGACCUCCCAGUGCCACCGAGCGACCGGCCACUGCGUCUGCCAGCAGGGCGUGUCCGGGGUCCGCUGUGACCAGUGCGCUCGGGGCUUUUCCGGCCAAUUCCCCAACUGCCAGCCCUGUCACCAGUGCUUUGGGGACUGGGAUCGGAUUGUGCAGGACCUGGCAGUGCGGACCCAGGCCCUGGCGGAGCAAGCCCACGAGAUUCAGACCACCGGACUUAUUGGGCCUUAUGAGAAACUCUUUAAAGACCUGGAGGAGAAACUGGCUCGAGCUCAGGGGAUCGUCAGCGAACGCAACGCCACGGCCGCCGCCGUCUCUACUUUAAUGGAACUCAUAGAAGAUCUGAGAGCACAAAUCGGCGAAACAACCGACACCCUGAACCGCCUAGAGGGAGACCUAACCCUAGUUCAGGACAGCAACUCUGAGGCCAGCAAGGAGCUGAGCGCUCUGGAGAGGGAGGCCAAAGAACUGAACCUGACCUCAGAGCAGCUGCACCACCAACUUGACAUCCUCAAAAACUCCAACUUCCUCGGUGCGUAUGACAGCAUCCGCAGCUCCUACAACAGGUCUCGCGACGCAGAGCGGCGAGCAAAUGAAUCGACUAUAACGCGGCCCAGCACGGUCAGCCAGUCUGCAGACACCCGCCGCCGUACAGAGCGCCUGAUCGCCGCCAAGAGGGAUGACUUCAACCGCAAAAACGCUGCAAACAAGCGCGGGCUGGGAGACCUUAACGCCAAAGUACAGGAUCUGGACAUGAGCCGGAUCAACGAGAAG